GGGCGAGGCACAGGGGGAGAGAGGAGCAGGGCGGCGGAGGCACGCCGCAGUUAUCGGGGCCGUUCACCGGCCCACGCCCCGAUAGCGCGGCCAGCUGGCCCGGCUCCAUCCGGGAGCGCCGGUAAACAAGGACGGGAGGUGACACCGGGGCACCCGCUGAGGGUCACGGUGGGUGGACAGUGGCUACUGCACAGCCAGUUCCUGCCAGCCGGCUGCCCCCGGAGAGCCGGGGAAAUAGGGGAUGUGUGGGGAGCAAAGCCAUUGGCACCGCGGAGUGGCACCGGUAACCGCUGUACGUCGCUCGCAGUGCUGAGAGCCACCAUUAGAGAGCUGUGCCUCGGGGCGCUGCAGCUCCCGCCCCGCUGCCGCUGCUGAGGCGCGUCCACAGGAAACCUCCCCACAAACGCUGGGAGGAAUGAGGAUUUUGAGAUAAGCCCCGGAGAUCACGCCACUCCGCCCUUUACAGCCGCACCACACGCAGAGCCCAUUCUAGGACAGCCACGGUCUCCGUUGUGUGCGCGGAGCCCGCGGCAAUCCCGACCCUGAUGCGUACUCCGCCUCCGCCGCCAUCACCGCGGCGCUCCCGGCCGCCAUCUUCGUCCCGCCCCGCCGAGGCUCGCGGGCGCCAUCUUGUGCCCGGGGCCGGCGCCGCCAUCGCCCGGCAACGGCGGCGGGUCCGGCGGAGCCCCGGAGGCCGGGAUAGCAAAGCCAGGCCGGGCCCCAAGGCAGUACAAAAGGGGCAAGUGAAUUCUAAUUUAGAAGCCAGGAUGGAAGUCUUAAUGCCUGAACCUCAGAUUUUUGUGGAAAGAACUCUGGCUAUCAUCAAACCAGAUGUCAUUGAUAAAGAAGAAGAAAUAGAGGAUCUCAUUCUCCGAUCAGGAUUCCACAUCAUUCAGAAACGGAAGCUCCAGUUAAGCCCAGAGCAAUGUAGCAACUUCUAUGCAGAACAAUUUGGAAAAAUGUUUUUUCCUAAUUUAACAGCCUAUAUGAGUUCUGGUCCUAUAGUUGCUAUGGUUCUUGCUAGAAAUUGUGCAGUCUCUUACUGGAAGGAAUUGCUGGGACCAUCCAACAGCCUAAGAGCUAGGAUAACUCACCCUCACAGCUUAAGAGCACUCUAUGGGACUGAUGAGCUGAGGAAUGGGCUCCACGGCAGUCUCAGCAUCUCCUCAGCAGAGAAGGAAAUUCGAUUCAUAUUUCCAGAAGCAAUCUUGGAGCCAAUUCCCACUGGCCAAAGGGCUCGGGAUUACCUGAACCUGUAUGUGAAGCCCACGCUGCUGGCAGGGCUCACUGCCCUGUGCAAAGAGAAGCCAGCAGACCCCAUGAUUUGGCUUGCUGACUGGCUGAUUGAACACAAUCCUAAUAAACCUAAGCUACAAUAUCGCAUCUCUCAGGAAGGGCGUUGGCAGUGAGAGCUUGGUGGAAGCCAUCUCACACAUUCCAAGUUAUAGAUGUGUAUUGUCAUUUUUGGUGUGUCCUUUGACUGUAUAAGCAAUACUGUCUAAAGUAAAUGCAUUUGUCAUAACUGCUUGUGUCCUCAUGGGAUAAAUAACCCUACACUAGCCACCAUGUAGUGGUUCUAAUAUCUUCUCUGCUGACAAAGUGAAUGUAGAAUUACACAAUAAAUUUAUGGAAUUGGGUGAUUAGAAGAAGGCAAUGUUACUGCUAUUGUCCACAUUUUUCUUAGUUUGGCUGUGUGGGAGAACAAAAUCAUUUACAGCAGUGUGGAUUCCCAAAUUAAAUCCACCUGGCUUGUGCUUUGCAAAGCCAAAGGUUGUGUUUCAGCAAUUUUUUAGCAUAAAUUCAGUUAUGAAGGGAGGUACUUGGAUAUAAUGUAGAAAACAAUUACUGGAGGCAUAUUAGCAACUUUGGAAUUUUAAUUCCUGAUUACAUCACCCAGCUAAGGUUGUCCUUGAAUAUUAUUCACUUAGUCUGAUGUAUUUUGUCAGAAUAUAAUUCAAAGGACUUAUUUGAAGGUACAUUCAACGCACCUUUCCCAUCUUGGUGCAAAAGGCUCAGGGAUUAUAAAUAACAAGAUGUAUUUUAGUCAAGGACUAAGGUUGUCUUCCAACAUUUGUUUGCAAUAAAGGUGCUUAAUUGGAACAGCUCACAUUUGAGAAUGUUUUCUGUGUUCUCCUGCUCCUAAACAUACACAAAUUUCUGUUUUCCUCAAACUUUCAUGUGUUCUGUUGAAGAACAGAGUGCUUUCAUAAGAGUGCUCUUCCACAGGCAAUGGGUUAAUCCCAUGCUAUUGCCUUUUAUGAAGUAACUGAACUGUUUUUUGGGGAUGUGGGGCUUUUUAAUUUUCUUCAAAGAGCUGUACUUACGCUGUUAGCUAAUUGUAUCUUAUGGUUUGACUGGCUAUAAUGAAGAAAACUGUAAUUUUCAUAACUGAAAUAAGAGUACUCUUGACUAAUACUAAACAAACAAGUAAUUUCAUAAUUUGUUUCAUGAAAAAACUUGCUUCCCCAAUUUGAGUAAUUAUGAGAAACAUAAGUCAUUUUUCUGUAACAUCAAACUUUGUUGAAGUGAAUUGUUUAUCCUCUCAGUGGAACAAGCCACUAUUGCCAGCCCAGAUAAUAAACAUUUAGAAACUGGUCCCUACAGUACCAAGACCUAAAAAUCUUGGGACUGCCAAGAUAAGGAAAAAAAUUGAAAGCCUAAACCCUCAAAUAAUGAAGAAUAAAAGUAUGAGGUGGUUAGAAAUACAGUAACAGAUCUGUUUUCAACCCGUUUAUUUUGCCUAUAAUUAUUGUCCCCAUAUGUGUGUCUGAUUGUUCCAAUUACAGGACAGUUGUGCUUUGUGGUUUCCUGUCAGCCAAAUAAAAAAAUACAUUUUCUAAAGAUGCCAGAAACGAAAAUCCGGUGAAUUCACAAGGCAUUCCCCUGUAUUUUGUUAGUUACUAUGACAUUUGCCUGCUUAUUUUGGUGUGCUGCUGUUUGACAAUAAAUGCAUCCUUAAUGUU